AUGGUCUGCUCGGGCAGGUCGGCCAACGGGCCGCAGUGGAGUCUGUCGCACCACCUCCGUCCAGUGACAAUUUUGGAGAAGCAGGUCGAGGCCAAGCGCACCGAACUGGCCAAGGACGUGGAGGUCCAGUCUCGAGCUGAGAGGAUCGCCCAGACGGAGGUGCAGUCCAGGGGGCGUUCGUGGCGGACGACGACCGACGUCAUCUACGCGAGAAGGAAGAUCGCGCGCGCGCUGAAGCACAGCGUGCAUUUCAAGCCCAACAAAAAGCUGCAGCAGUGGCCGCAGCUGGAGUUCAAGUUCAGGACGUUCCACAUGGUGGCCUUGCUGGUGUGCUGCCUGGUCAAGUUCCUCCUGCAGGUGGUGCUGGUGUUCCUCAGGCUGCAUCAGGCCCAGUGGCAGGUAUCGGCGGUUCAGGCGGGCAUGCUGGCGUUGGUCACGGUGGCAACGGCACAG